GUGGCUUGCUUGCUUUGCACUACUACUAUAUAUUUCACCCGCUUGCUCUCCAAAAAAAAAAAAACCCUAGCCUCAGGCACGGCGCCGCCAAACACCACCUCCCCCUCUCCACUGUCUCCUCUUUCUCUUCUACCAUACUUCCCCCGCCUCUCUUACUCAUGAUAUCUAGCUCUAACAUUUGUUGUUUGGCCUGUAUUUAGACACCUUUGCCACCCUAUUGCGAAGAACUCAAAUCUAUAGGUACAAAGGGAUGAAGGGAAAAUUUUUGUUCUAGAUCCAAAGAAGCAGCAUAUAGUAAUACUCAUUAGGAUCAAAGAUCAAUGUCUGGAAACAUAUCUCCUUCCCGAUUGUUACCAUUGACAUCACCUUCCAAUGAUGUGUCAUCACCAUGCUAUUCCCCACCAAAGCUGAUUUCACCGAAAUCACAAGUGAGCUCACCAGAUAUAGUGGAGUACAUCACACCUAGCAUCCACAAGCAGGAAGGAGUUGCCCCAUUCAAACCCUUAGAUCCGAUGCCAUAUGUCCCACCUCAGGUUAGGCGAAGGCUAGCCCCAGCCCCAUUGAAACCCUCAGAUCUGAUGCCCAUCGCCGCAUCUCGGAUCUAUCAACAAGAAGGAGUUGCCCCAGUUGCAACCCUCAGAUAUUUUUCCAAGCGUCGCAUCCCAGAUCUCAUUGGAUCUAGAUGGGUGCCGAUAAAGAGACCAAAGUACGUCUGUGAUGCUUCGUCAAGGACUGAGGAGUCUUCUGCCAAAUAGCAGUUGAAGCAUUCAACAAAGCGCCAAUCUAAUUUAAAGCUUGGUAGAGAUGGAGUGCCAAUCAUUUCAUACAUCGUUUAUGUCUACUUUGUGAACAUGUAUCAUUUUUAGUUGUUAUAUCUUGUUUAUGAACUCAAAAACAGUUUGCUUGGUUAAGCGCAUAACUCUGUCAUUUAGUUUUAUAUCGG